AUGAGUGCAACAAGCGAUCAGGAUAUGCAUCCUCAAGACUAUUUUGAAUAUGUCUUGGAGAUUAUAAAACAGGUAAUUGUGGAGACAAAAACUUUGUCUGCCAUCAAUUCAAACGAUAAGGAUCAAGCUGAUAAAAUUUUGAAUGAUGCAGCUUGCUCCGUUGUAAAGAAUAUCUCAAUUUUAAUUAAACUUAUGGAGCAAUUUCCAUAUCCAUAUCAACAUGUCGAACAUCAUUUAUCACACUUUAUGGAAUCGAUAAAGAAUCUAUCAUCUCUGGUUUUAGAAUUGAUUGCUGCUGCACGUGUAACGAAAUCAUCAUCGAUUGAAUGUGUAAAGGCAGUAGUCAUGUCCUAUCACAACUUCAAGACAAACUUUUUCCAGUUUGAAGAUCAACAACAGAGUCAACAACAACAGCAGGUGCAAGAUGAGCAUGUCGUCCAGUUCCAGCCAGUCGAAGAGCAGGAUGAGGAGGAGCUGAUUCAACCCGAGGAGAUUCCAGUUGCUCAAGUCAAAGUGUUGCAUGAAACAUCACCACCACACCGUGGUAGCAACUCUGCUACACCAACCAAAACAGCUGCAUCAACAGCAUCAAGCAAUCAUUCCACACCAAACAAACCAGCAACCUCUGGAAAUCCAAACAUUCCAAGCAUCAAUACCAACAAUAAUGAGUCAUUCGGUGACCUCUCAAAUCUGGCGGCUCCACAUUCACCAAAAGCAGUGGACAUGGAUGAAAUUGCCAAAAUCGAAAAGGGAGCAGUCAAUUUGAUUCUCAAUGUUAAUAGAAUUACUGAAGCCAGUAUCGAAGGUGACUACGAUGCACUACUCGCUGCGGCCAAAGGUAUUUCCAACGAGGUGAUGCAAAUCGCCAAGUUGUUGCCACUGAAGAAUCUUGGAAACAGCUUGAGAGAGUCCGCUGUCAAUGUUAUAUCGCUAUCAAAGUUGGUGUUGAAGAACAAGAACGAUCAAUACUAUGUGGAUCAGUUGGAGUUGGCAGUUGGUAAACUCAACGACAUCCUCAAGAAUACUAUUUUCCAUGUUAAGCAUUCAUCACAGAUCAAUUUGUCACAGGCAUUCGGACUGGAUAGCAGUUCCAUCGGUGAGUCGCCAAGAGACGAGAGUUCAACUCCACCCAUUUCUGCGCGUGCCACCAGAGUUAUCAAAGAGGAGCAGUUGAUCGAAGUGGAAAGAGAACGUCAGGAGAAAGAAAGACAAGACCGACUUGAGCAGGAGCGUCUCGACAAGGAAAGAGAACGUCAAGAGAAGCUGGAACAGGAACGUCAGGAAAAGGAAAGACUGGAACGAUACAAUCAGGAGAAGGAGAGAAUAGAACGCGAGCGUGCCGAAGAAGAAAGAAAGGAAGCACUACGAUUGGAACAAGAGCGAAUUGACAAUGAGCGAUUGGAAUUGGAGCUUGCAAGAAUGACUCUAGAGAAGAAAGAGUUGGAGCGCAAACAAAAGUUGAUCGACGAGGAGAAAGCCAAGUUGGAGUUGGCAGAGAAGGAGCGAUUGGCUUCCGAGAAGAAAGAACGCGAUAGAUUGGCAAAAGAGAAAUUCGAAAAGAUUGAAAAGGAGAAACUUGAUAAAUUAUAUGUGAAUGCAGGUGCCGCUGGAACUUCAUCGUCGGGAAGCACCUCCUCACAAUCGACAUCGCAACCAAGUUCCACUUCAAGUUCACCCAAUGCAAGUCUACCAGCUACUCCAGUGAUACAUUCAGUCAACAACCACUCUGGCGAAGACUAUCUCAGACCACCAACAGCAACCGGCGGUCACAAAGAAAAAGAUCUUUCCAGUGAGGAUAAAGAUAAAUCGAGAGGUGGAAAAGGUGAGAAAGACAAAGAUAAAGACAAGGAGGGCAAUAAAACCAUUGGUAAAUUCCUUAGUAAAUUCGUCCACAAAGGUGGAAGUAAGAAGAGACAGCCGAUUCCAUUCGAACAAUCGCCAUCGAGUGGAAGUGCCAGUCCAUCACCAAAUUCCAUCACACCGCCACUCGGAGAUUCGCGAGUAUCACCUUUGGCAACCUCUUCAGUUUCGUCACUUGAGACAUCGGCAGCAAUGUCCAGUUCACCUUUGCGUUUGACAGCGUCCGUUCCAUUGAAUCCAGCAUCAAACAUGUUUGAUAUCAAGGAGGAGUUGACUCCACCUGCUGCCACCAGUCCAGAGCGUAUCACCUCAUUCUCUGUUUCCAUUCCAGUUGUAUCGCUUUCGGAAUCUCAACAACAACAACAUCCGAUCAAUCCAUCUCUCAACACAUCGGCUGGUGGUCUGCCACUUGCAGAGUCGCCAUCGCGUAUCUAUCUCCGAAAGAAAACCGAACGUUCACUCAACAUUGGUAUGGUCAAUGGAAAGCAUUCCAACCCUUCACUCCACACCAGUGGCGAACAUCACCACCACCUCCAUUCACACCACAACAACAACUCACCAUCCAAACGUCCAAUCAAUAAGCGAUCGGAUCCUUCACUGCAAUUCGACCACGCCAGCACUUCAAAUUUGAUUAUCAACAUGCUGCUCAACGAGUAUCCAGAGUUUGCCAAAGAGUGGAAACAAAAGAAUGCCGACGACACUGGAAAGAGCACAGAGAAGAUCAACUCUAUCAUAAAACAACACGUUGAGGAUUGCAUUCAAUCGGUAACUCAACAGACUCGUUCUGGUAAUUCAACUUCGAUCGUCAAUCAAAUCAACAAUAGCAUCGUGUUGAAUCAAUUGAUCAAUGAAGCACACAACGACAAUCAAUAUCAAACUCUUAGUUUGCGAUACAAGAUGACCAAGAAGCUGUCGACCAUCAAAAAGAAGAGUGCACCAGCCAAAGCAUCGAUUUUGCCAGGCGCAAACGGUGCCAACAGUGCAGCGAACGAUUCCUCCAACUCUGCUCUCACCAACGUUGACGAAGCUUCACAGAAAUUGGUUGUCACUGCCAGUGAAUUCGUUGAGAAAUCAAUUGAGCUUGUCAACCAAGCCUACGAAUUCUCGGUGAAACAACAUCAUAGCGAUAGUGAUACCUCUCACUUGGCGGAGCCAACUGAAGAGGUUUACGAUACAGUUUCGAAGCUAUUGAAUUUGGCAAUCACUGUUGGACGUAUUGAUGACAAACCAUUGUUUUCCAGUCAGAUCAAGAACACUCAAAAGUUGGUGUCGAACUCCAAGAAUUUGGGUCCAGGUAAAGUCGAUGCCACUCUUGUCACUUGUGCUUCGAUGUAUCGCCAAUUCGUAGAGCGUUCACUGGAGAAGUCGAUCAUCUCACAAUGCAUUGCUGUUCGUGCCAUCUCCAUUCAGAUGACCACAAUCAUCAUCGGUAUCUCCUCAAAGCCAUGGGACAGCAAUGUCCAACUGCAGCUAUUUGCCACUGCCAAUACUUUCUGUGAGUGUCUAGUGAAGCUGUUGUCGAGUGUCGCCAACAAAGUCUACCUCAAGAGUUUGCCAUUGAAGGAUGUCGACGAAGAGUUGGACGCUCUCUCCGAACCCGAGGAGGAUAUCAACAUUUGGUUGGAAGGAAACUCGCCAGCCAAUGUCAAACUCGAUUGGAUUUCCGACGAGGGUUCAAAGACUGGAAGAUACGUACCGAAAGCCGGUACCCUCAACAAACUCAUCGAGUCACUCACCUCUGAGAAACCAUACGAUAUCUCAAAAUUCACAAAGACAUUCCUUCUCACUUAUCUCUCAUUUACAUCGGCACGCAAACUCCUGGAGAAGUUGAUCCAGCGUUACACUGUGCCCGACGACAAGGACCAGAGCUUCAAAAUCAAGGUUCAGGUGCGUGUCGCUUCUUUCAUGAAGACAUGGGUCGAAAGAAACUAUGCCGAUUUCGACCCGGCAUUGCUGGACGAUGUCAAACAAUUUGCCAACAGCCGUUUGCUCGCCGACGACCAUGGUGAUUUGGCUAGAUUGUUGGUCUCCACUAUUAUGCAGCGUGAGGCUGACAAUACCGAGCGUUUGAAGCAGUUGGCCAAUCCAUCGUUCCCAGAACUGAUGAUUCCAGAGGGACAAAAGUCACCGGCAACUCUCUUCAACCUUCUCAACGACAGUGAAAUUGCUCGUCAACUCACAUUGAUCGAGGCAUCAAUCUUUGGAAGAAUUGAAGCCAACGAAUUCCAAGAGCAAAGCUGGAGCAAAGAGCAUUUGAAACAUCGUUCACCCAACAUCAUGGAUCUCAUCAACCGUGCCAACAAAUUCUCAUUCUGGGUGGCAUCUCAAAUCCUAUGGCAAGAGGAAAUCGCAGAUCGUGUUAAAGUCAUUGAGAAAUUUAUAAAUAUUGCCAAGCAUCUAAGAGAUAUGAAUAACUUUAAUUCAUUAAUGAAUAUUUAUGCUGGUUUGAAUCAAUCCAGUAUCAUUCGUUUGAAAAAGACUUUUGCACAAUUGUCUCCAGCUGCAACUACCACCUAUGCUGCUAUCGAGAAGUUAAUGAAUACAAGUGGAUCAUAUAAAGCAUACCGUCAAGCACUUAAAGUUGCAACACCACCUUGUUUACCUUAUUUACCUGUAAUUUUAUCAGAUUUAACAUUUAUGGAAGAUGGUAACCCAGAUAAGAUUGGACACAUGAUCAAUUUCCAAAAACGAGAACUUAUCUGUCGUGUCAUCACUGAAGUACAGACUUUCCAACAAACCAAAUAUGACUACCCAAUUGUUGAACCUAUCCACACACUUCUUUUGGAGCUACCAUCUUCAUCAGACAACGAACUCUACCAACUUUCACUUCUACGUGAGCCAAGAGAGACAAAUGGAACCAUUAAAGAAAGCUCUGUAAUGUCACCAAAGAAAUAA